AUGGAAGUUGGCGAGGAAGAAGUUGAACGCAUUCCCGACGAACUCUUCAGUUCGAAGAAGAAGCAGUUGUUAGACAGGCUCAUAAGGCUCGGGAUAAUCCUUGUAUUUCUUAUAUGGGGCACCAUUUUAUUGCUUAGAAGUAUACCGCACCAUUCAAGCAGGCCAGAUUAUCAGAAACCCAACUCUAAUCACACCAGUGAUGGAAAGUUAAAGGUAUCUUUUACUAAUGUUAGGAACAAUACAUUUCAACCCAAAUACCAUGACUUACAAUGGAUCGAUGACAAUAAAGCCGAGGGUGAUUUGGGUCUUUAUGUUACAUUUAUGAAUGAUAGUUAUGUUGUCAAAUCUGUUUACGAAGAUUCGUACAAUAACAUUCUAUUGAAGGGAAAUACUUUUAUCCAAAAUGGUCAAAAUUUUACUGUACAGUCAAUAACUGCAUCCCCGGACCUCAAAAAGUUACUGAUUAGAACAAACAGUGUAAAAAACUGGAGACACUCCACAUUCGGUUCUUAUUUUGUUUACGAUGAGAAAAGUUCCUCCUUUGAGUUGGUUGGGAACGAUGUGGCUUUAGCCAUAUGGUCCCCUAAUUCCAAUGAUAUUGCAUAUGUGCAAGAUAACAAUAUAUACAUCUAUUCUACCAACUCUAAAAGAACUGUACAGGCUGUGACCAACGACGGUAGCUCCUUUCUUUUCAAUGGCAAGCCAGAUUGGGUGUAUGAGGAAGAAGUAUUUGAAGACGAUAAGGCUAUGUGGUGGUCACCGACUGGCGAUUACCUAGCGUUCCUAAAGAUUGAUGAAACAGACGUUGGUGAAUUUAUUAUUCCAUAUUAUGUUCAGAAUGAUGGAGAUGUAUAUCCAGAAAUGCGUAGCAUCAAGUACCCAAAGAGUGGUACACCAAACCCUCGCGCCCAAUUGUGGGUCUACGGUAUUAAGGAUGAAACAUCGUUCCAUCCCAGAAUAAAUGAAGAUAAAAAGGAUGCAAGCUUAUUAAUUACCGAAGUAACAUGGGUAGGAGAUGACAACGUUUUAGUUAAGACUACAGAUCGUUCCUCAGACACGUUAAAUGUUUUCUUGAUAGACACAAUUGCGAAGAAAUCAGAUGUUGUGAGAAAUGAAAGUGCUCGCGGGGGAUGGUGGGAGAUUACUCAUAAUACCCUAUUCAUUCCUGCAAAUGAAACACUUGAUAGACCUCAUAAUGGCUAUGUAGAUAUUCUUCCAAUUGACGGUUACAAUCAUUUAGCUUAUUUCGAGAAAAGUGGCAACUCACACUUCAAAAAACUGACAAAGGGGGAAUGGGAAGUGGUCAAUGGUCCACUUGCUUUUGAUUCAAAAGAAAACCGUCUUUACUUUAUUUCUACACAAAAAAACUCGACCGAACGCCACAUUUACUGCAUAGAUUUGCGGUCACCGGAUGACAUUAUUGAAGUUACUGAUACUUCCAUGGAUGGUGUCUAUGAUGUGUCUUUUUCUUCCGGGAGGAGGUUUGCUUUACUCACCUAUAAAGGACCAAAAGUUCCGUAUCAGAAAAUUAUUGAUUUCCAUUCUCAUAAAACAGACAAACACAUUGAAGGUAAUGUAUUAGGGGAAUCGCUGUAUUACUUGGAGAGGAAUGAAGAAAUCACCAGAUUUUUAGAAGAUUAUUCGGUUCCCACAAAGUCAUUCAAGGAGUUAAAUCUGGGAACGGAUGAAUUGGGGAGGGAUAUAUUGGUGAAUUCGUAUGAAAUUCUUCCUAAUGAUUUUGAUGGAACACUGAAAAAUCAUUACCCAGUGUUUUUUUUUGCAUAUGGUGGACCAAAUUCUCAGCAAGUUAUCAAGACAUUUUCAGUAGGGUUCAAUGAAGUGGUAGCCUCACAAUUGAACGCGAUUGUAGUUGUUGUUGACGGUCGUGGUACUGGCUUCAAAGGUCAAAAUUUUAGAUCUCUUGUCCGCGAUAAGCUCGGCCAUUACGAGGCCUGUGACCAAAUAUCUGCGGCUUCCUUAUAUGGUUCUCUCAGUUUCGUUGAUUCAGAAAAGAUUUCCUUAUUUGGUUGGUCAUAUGGGGGUUACCUAACACUGAAAACUUUGGAAAAGGACGCCGGAAAACAUUUCAAAUACGGAAUGUCUGUUGCACCAGUAACGGACUGGAGAUUUUACGAUUCUGUUUAUACUGAAAGAUAUAUGCAUACUCCUCAAGAAAACUUUGAUGGGUACGUAGAAUCAAGCGUGCAUAAUGUAACUGCUCUUGCCCAAGCAAAUAGAUUCCUACUGAUGCAUGGAACAGGCGAUGACAAUGUUCACUUUCAAAACUCCUUGAAAUUCUUGGACCUUCUGAACUUAAAUGGUGUUGAAAAUUAUGACGUCCACGUCUUUCCUGACUCGGAUCAUAGUAUAAGAUACCACAAUGCAAAUGUAAUUGUUUUUGAUAAGCUAUUAGCUUGGGCGAAACAUGCCUUCAAUGGCGAGUUUGUGAAGUAA